AUGGACGAGAAAUCCGGCCUGCCGUCCUACGCCGCCGCGGCCAGCGACUACCGCCCGUUGCCUACCAGCACGCGACGCCUCGCCGGCAGCCGCAUCCGCCGCUCGCGCGCCAUCAAGUUCGUCUCUCUUGCCUGCCUGGCGCUCCUCGUGCUGUCGCAGUGGAAGCAGGUAUGGUACGCCGACCGCGCCGCACCCCGGCUCUCCGAGGCGCAGUUGCACGCCGACCUCGCCACCUGCCAGACGCUGCAGACCAAGCCACAAGAUCCCAUCGGGCUCGGGCGUGAGCGCAGCGCCCGCUACGUUGACGGCGGCAAGCCCACGCUUAUCAAGAAUGCCACCAUCUGGGUCGGCGAGCCGGUCGCUGGUACAAGCGAGGCGGAUGCGCGCGCCGGGAAAGGCUGGGAAUGGAUCUCCGGCGACGUCUACGUCCAGUACGGCCUCAUCCAGCGGGUGCAAGAUGCCAUUGCCACCAGCUCGCUCGCCGCCGACACAAUCGUCGUCGAGGCCCACGGGCGGCUGCUCACCAGCGGCAUCAUCGACAUGCACAGCCACGCGGGCGUCGGGCCCCUGCCCGGCCUCGACGGCGACGAGGACACCAACGAAAUGUCCGACGACAUCACCCCGUGGGCCCGCGCCCUCGACGCCAUCCACCCCGACGACAUCCAGAUCCAGGUCAUCAAGUCGGGCGGCGUCACCACGUCCCUCGUUCUGCCCGGCUCCGGCAACAACAUUGGCGGCGAGGCGUACGUUGUCAAGCACGCCGUGGGCAAACCCGACGGCCGCGCCGAGACGUCCGCCGCCGACAUGCUCGCGGACCCGGACCGCACCUGGCGGUACAUGAAGAUGGCCUGCGGCGAAAACGCCAAGCGCGUGCACGGCGGCAUCGACAAGGCACCGUACAGCCGCAUGGGCGAGUCGUACCGCUUCCGCCGCGCCUUCGAGACGGCCCGCAGUCUCGUCACCAGGCAGGACGAUUGGUGCCGCAAGGCCGAGGCUGUCGGCGCCGAGAACAUGGACGAGUACCUCCCGCAGGAUCUGCAGUGGGAGGCGCUGGCCGCGGUGCUGCGCGGUCAUGUGCACGUCAACACGCACUGCUACAAGAUCGCCGACCUCGAGGCCAUGGUGGACCACAGCAACGAGUUUCAGUUUCCCAUUCGCGCCUUUCACCACGCUCACCAGACCUACCUCGUCCCCGAGAUUCUCAAGCGCACCUGGGGCGGCCGCGCCCCCGCCUCGGCCCUCUUCGCCGACAACAUGUUUUACAAGGCCGAAGCCUACGUCGGUUCCGAGCACGCCGGCAAGUACCUGUACGACGCGGGUCUGACGACCGUCUACGUGUCGGACAACCCGGUGCUCAACGCGCAGCACGUGCUCUUCGAGGCCGCCAAGGGCUACCACUGGGGCCUCCCGUACCACGCCGCGCUCGCCAGCGUCACGUCGGCUCCGGCGGAGCUGCUCGGACUCGGGCGCCGGCUCGGCAAAGUCAAAGCCGGCUUUGACGGCGACCUCGCCCUCUGGGACUCGGACCCGCUCAGUGUCGGCGCCGCACCCGUGCAGGUCUGGAUCGACGGCGUCGCGCAGUUUGCCAAGCCGGUGGAGCUGGACAAGGACCGUCGCGGCCCGAUCAAGCCUGAUGCCAGCCUAGGCGACAUGCCCCCCGAGGAGCCUGUGAAGGUCGAGUCAGUGCUGUUUACCGGCAUUAGCAAGGUGCUCCUGGACAUUCCUGAGCAUGCCGCCGCCAUUGCUGCUGCCAAAGCCGCCGGCAAGCCCUUUAGCAUCGCCGUGCAGCAGGGCAAGAUCUCCUGCGUCGGAACCUGCACCGCCGCCGCCAGCGAUACCCCCAUUGUCGCGCUCAAAAACGGCCACAUCCACAAGGCGUUUACCGCCUACGGCAACCUCGGGCUGGUGGAAAUCUCCGCCGAGGACUCGACCAACAACGGCCGCACCGACGCCUUUACGCGCGCCGUCGACGGCCUGCAGCUCGGCGGCAAGGUGCUCGGCGUCGCCGGACAGUACGGCGUCACGCGCGCCGUGUCGCCGCCGCUCGGCAACAGCGGGCCUCUGGGCGUCAGCGCCGCGUUUCUGACCACGGCCGCGACGAGCAUCGACAAGGGCGCCGUCUUUGCCAACGACGCUGCCGUACACUACACGCUCGACAGCAGCGCCAAGAGCGCUGGCAAGAGCUACGCCGAGGCUUUUGGCGACCUCCGCCGCAAGCUCCUCGAAGCGGCCGCUGCUGCCUCCCAGGAGAACGGCAACGCGACAGAUGCCUACGCGGAAGCCGCGUACCUGCGCCGCGUCGUCGCGGGCGAGCUCGUCCUCGCGCUGAGCAUCUCGUCCGCGGACGGCAUCGCCUCGGCGCUGCGCGUCAAGGCCGACGUCGACGCCGCCACGUCCUCGCCUCUGCGACUCGCCAUCAUUGGCGGCGCCGAGUCGCACCUCGUGGCCGCGGACCUCGCCGCCGCGCACGUCGGCGUCGUCCUGACACCCCUGCAGCAGCUCGGCACGUCCUGGGACACGCGCCGCGCGCUCGUCGGCGCGCCGCGCGACAACGGCACCGUCGUUGACCGCCUCGUGGCCGCGGGCGUCGUCGUCGCCGCGGGGCUCGACGAGGAGUGGCGCGUGCGUGACCUCGCGUUUGAAGCGGGCGUCGCGUGGCGCAACAGCAACGGCAAGAUUUCGAAGCGCGAGGCGCUCGAUAUCGUGUCGACGAAUGUGUAUACGAUUCUGGGCAUCGACGAGCCCGCGGACCAUGCGGGACGCCACUUUGUCGUCACAGAGGGGGAUCCGUUGGAUAUUGGUGCGCGCGUCAAGGCCGUUGGCGCGGGCCGUGGCCAAGUGUCCGUAUUUUAG